AGACUGAAAAAAGGGUGGGAGGUGGUGAACUGAGCCGGAAAACAGAGACAAUUUUAAUCUAAAUGGCCAUAUUAUAUGAAUCAUAAAAGCAGGAAAUGGCUAAAAUAUGCUGCUUUAGUCCUCCUCUACCACCCUUGCACUUGCACAACCAGUUGCAAAGGAACAGACCCAAAUCCGAUACAAGAAAGACUUAUGCAAGUUUUAACAGAGAAAAACUAACUGAAACCCCUCAGAUUUUGAAAAUAGCGGUUAGCGGAGUGACGGAGCUCUUGAGGCUUUUCUCUUCUUCCCCUCAAACAAGCGUUGUGAAGAAUGGAGAUAGUAACAUAGAUGAAUUCAAAGCUUCCAGCGUCGAUGAUGUUCUAAGGAUCAUCAAGUCUGAUUAUGACAAUGCUUAUUUUGUAACAGGGAACUUCACUUCUUCAAUUUAUGCCGAAAACUGUCUCUUCGAAGAUCCAACUAUUAAAUUUCGUGGUAGGGAGUUAUAUGCUCGCAACUUGAAAUUGCUUGUUCCCUUCUUUGACUGUGCGUCAAUUAGACUACAAAAGAUUGAGAAGGAUGUUGAUUCUGACACAAAUUUUGUGCUGGCAUCUUGGAAACUAAGGACCAACAUAAAGCUUCCUUGGAGGCCUCUGAUUUCCAUUGAUGGAAGAACAUUUUAUGAGUUAAAUGGAGAUUUCAAAAUUGUUAGGCAUGUUGAGAGAUGGAAUGUUUCUGCACUUGAAGCAAUUCUGCAGAUUUUCACCUUUGAAUUUGAAAACUCGGGCGGUUGAAUGCCAUGAAAUUUUGCAUUCACAAGUCACUCUUUAUUGGUCUAGUCAAUGGGCAUCACUUGGUUAAGUUAACUAACAUGUAUUUCAUGAAAGCACUGAUGAUUCUUAAUUUAUGCAGUGGUUAAAGACGCCAUUGAAGCCUGUCAAUUUUUCUGUAUAUCUUGCUUAUUUUUCCUCUAGGUGUAACUCCAACUAGAAGUAUUUGCUAAAUAGUUUAUAUAAAUAGAUCAACCCAAAACAUGAAAAAACGAAAGUUUUG